AUGUCCGACAAGUCGAUUGAGCGCGAGCUCACCACGCGCAUCAAAGCGCUUAACAAGGCCGUGACUUCAAACGAGCCGGUGCCGGGUAUCCUAGCCAUCAUGGAGACGCUGAAGAAGGGCGCCGCGCCUUCCGAGGAGGUGCUGCGGUCGACAAAAGCCGGUCAUAUCGUCGGAAAGCUGCGGACGCACGCCAACGCCGAGGUCAAGUCGAUGGCCGCUGAAAUCGUGAGCAAAUGGCGCAAGGCCGUCGAGGCCAGCAAGAAGAAGGGCGGCACCGGAACCGGCAGCACUGCCGGCAGUACAACAGCGAGCAAGACCGCCUCGCCCUCGGCCAGCACGCCCCAGAGCAAGACAGCGUCGCCUGCGCCUGCCACGUCCGGCCGCUACAAGGGCGACCCGGAGAAGCGCAAGUUCGACGUGGACGGCGUCGACGUCAACCGCACCGGCAUCCAGAGCCGCGACAACUGUAUUGGCCUCAUGUACAACGGCCUGGCCUACCGCUCGGUCGAGGCCACCGACGUCAUCCUGGUCAAGGCCAUCGAGGUCGAAAAGGCCGCCUUUGUCGCCUACAAGGGCGAGACCACCGAGUACCGCGCCAAGCUGCGGUCGCUCUUCCAGAACCUCAAGAACCGGUCGAACCCCGCGCUGGCACGGCGAGUCGUGUCCGGCGAGAUUUCUCCCGACGUAUUUGUGGUGAUGACGUCGGACGAGCUCAAGUCUGCGCACCUCAAGCAGCUGGAGUCGGACCUGGCGAAGGAGAACAUGAAGAAGGCGCAGGUGCCGAUGACAGAGAAGUCCAUCAGCGACGCGUUGACGUGCAGCAAGUGCAAGCAAAAGAAGGUCAGCUACACGCAGGCCCAGACGCGGAGUGCUGAUGAACCUAUGACGACGUUUUGCGAGUGUAUGGUGUGCGGACACCGGUGGAAGUUCUCGUGA